UCUAGUUUCUCUCACACUGAUCAUGCAUGCAUGUUUUUAAUCUUUUUUGCUCAGUUGGAGAGGAUGGUCAAGUGAAGAUCUGGUCCAGGAGUGGCAUGUUACGGUCAACUUUGGUUCAAACAGGUACCCCAGUGUAUUCUGUUGCCUGGAGUCCUGACUCAGACCACAUCCUACACACAAGUGGAAAGCAACUGGUUAUUAAACCUUUACAAGCUGCUGCAAAGCCAGUCCAGUGGAAGGGUCAUGAUGGGAUUGUGUUAAAAGUGGACUGGAAUCCUAUCAAUAAUCUAAUUAUCUCUGGUGGAGAGGACUGCAAAUAUAAGGUGUGGGACAGUUAUGGCCGAGUGUUGUACUCCAGUAUGCUACAUGAGUAUCCCAUCACUAGCAUCUCAUGGGCCCCUGAUGGUGAACUGUUUGCUGUUGGUUCUUUCAAUACUUUGAGGCUCUGUGACAAAACUGGGUGGUCCUACACGUUGGAAAAACCAAAUACCGGCUCGAUAUUCAACAUUGCAUGGUCCAGUGAUGGUACUCAGCUUGCUGGGGCUUGUGGAAAUGGGCAGGUUAUCUUUGCUCAUGUGAUUGAAAGGCGUCUUGAGUGGAAGAACUUUGAAGUUACUGUCACAGAUCGCAAGAGUAUUGUAGUGAGAGAUGUAACCAAUGAUGUUAAAGAAUCAUUAGACUUCCGAGACCGCAUCAUCAAGACUUCACUAGCUUUCAACCAUCUUGUGGUAGCAACAACAUCACAGUGUUAUAUCUACAGUGUCAGAAACUGGAAUACACCUAUGAUAUUUGACCUCAAGAAUGGAAACAUUACCCUUAUUGUCCAGACUGAAAAGCAUUUUCUAUUAGUUGAUGAUGCCGGUCUUCAAGUUUAUUCAUAUGAGGGUCGUUUAACAUGUGUUCCAAAGUACCAGGGUUUAAGAACAGACAUUCUGAAUGAACAGACUUGUACAUUGAGUAAUGACACCUUGGCAAUCAAAGAUCGGAAAGAUGAGAAAGUGAUCCAUUUAUUUGAAGCUCAAUCAGGAAAGCCAGUGGGUAGUGGACAACCAAUACAGCAUUCUCUUGAAGUGAUGGAGAUUGCCCUUAGCCAGUGUGGUCCAACCAGUGACAGACAACUGGCAGUUAUUGACAAAAACAGGGAUCUCUAUCUCACCCCAAUCAAACACAUUGGCCCUGCAGAAAGGCUGGUUAAACUUGGUUAGUUUAGAUGACUUAACAUCACUUUAAUCUGUAUCUGACUACAUGUAGAUAGUCCCAUUGUGAUAAUCACAUGUAACAGGGUGCCAUCCAUUUCAAUCUGUAGAUCAGUAAGUUAGUCUCACUAGUGGAAUGCAUGGAAUAGCAUUUCAUGUCCUUUAGCUUAAAGGACCCUAAUCAGCCUCUGCUGUUUUCAAUGCCAU